ACACUGGGGGUGGCUUUUUACUCUUUUUACGCGGAUAGCAGAGUCCUGAAAUAAAUGUUCAAUUAAAUUCCAAAAGCCAAAUCAAUCAAAAACUAACCGCGUGAAGAACACCACCAGUGUUGUUCGUAUACAGCCGCAAAGAUUUUAAUCAGUUCAAGAGAAUUUCUGUACCUAAAACAAAAGAAUGGAACAGAUUUAUAAACCCAAAAAUGAAGAAAUCGUGUCACCCCGCCAAGUUCAAAGUGAGUUUCAGCGGGAGUUGCUGACAACAAAUUUGACCAGAGUUCCCUGCAUCGAAGAGGACAUCGGAGAAGCUAUCGGAUUCACUGGCUCGAACGUCCAAUUCAAUGAUCUUAUGCAGUCCAUCGAUCUGGAUUUGAAUCUAUCCAGCACGAAAGAUUUGCGAGUUUUGCCUUUCCAUCCCUCACGAAUCCAGCCAGUCCAGAAGCAUAUCGAAGUACCGGAAAAAGCUCGGCAGCUUCGUUGUGUUCAGAAUGCGCUGAAAAUAACGGGAAGGAUUCGGAAAAAUCUGGACACCAGAAUUCGUUAUAACAAGCAUAAGUACACAGCCGAACCACCGUUGGAAGACCCGGACCUCCAGCCGUUCGGAGAAAUAUUGCUGCAAAUUCGAUUCUACGAGCCCUUCAAGUACAAAACCGGUCUUCGAUUGGGUCAUCCCAAAUUUCACCAGGAGUUCUACGUUAUUGGGUCUCAAACACUGGCGGAACUGCGAGACAAAAUCUACUGUCCGUGUGAUUCGGGUCCCUUUUUCGACAUAAGCGAGAAUCCUCACCAGUCGGAACCGAAACGAGCACCGGAAGAACCGAAUCCGGGAUUCUUUUUCAUCCAUGACGUUUUUUACAACGAUAUGAGAAAUCAGCGCAACAUGGACUAUUCGGAAGUGAUUCUCAAGUGGGCCAAGCGACAGAAGUGCAUCGGUAAAUUGGAAAGCCGAAAUAUGGAAAACACACGAUUUGAUGAGUUGAAAUUUCGAUUGGGCUAUCCGCAGGUUUAUCAACAUCAUGGAAAUUGCGAGCACAUAUUCGUAGUUUCAGAUUGCCGGUUGCUAUCCCCUUCAGAUGUGCUAACCCGUAGGCGAUAUCCGCUCCUUAAUUCGUAUGUUUUUCCUCGGUCUAUUCCGUGCAAUAUUUGCGGGCAUUGCGAGGCAAACUUUAUUGUUAAAAACAGUGAUCAGCACAUUUUCGAUCCCGCUUACGUAUGUCAGGCUUGCUUCGAGUCGUAUCACUAUAAGCAUGGCAAGAAAAUUGGUGAAUUCGAGGCGUAUCGAUUCCUCGGUACCAAAGUAGCAGUUAAGGAAGACGAUGCACAAAUAGAAAACUAAAAAAGACA